AGACGUUUGUGUAGAAGAUGUUCUGUUGUGUAUUUUAAUAACUUGGCAACAUUGCAGCCUGUAAAGCUGCGAUUGGUCGCGCGAAAGUUUAAUGGUGUUUUCUUCGAUUUUCUUUCGAGUUGACCAUUAGAUUUCAUUUCGUUUGGAAACUCAUUUAGAUUCUUAGAGCAAGUAAUUGUGCCUGCCUUGGAUUAAUCUAUACAACCUGGAGCUGAGUUUGUGUCAUGGACGAAAUAAAUAAAAGACUAGCAGGAUGGAAGCUUGCCUUAGAUAGAACUGUAGAAGAAUUAGUUGCUGUAGAAGAAGAAAGAGAACAACUUGAAUCUGAAGAAAAAUCUGAACCUGGAGAAAAGCCUGAACCUGGAAAAAGGACUGAACCUAAAAAAAAGCUUGAAGCUGAAAAAAAACCCAGGAAAAAACCUGAACCUGAAAAAAAGUCUAGAAAAAAAACUACAGCUGAAAGAAAAUCUGGGAAAGAAUUAGAAGAUGAAAAAAAACCUGGAAAGAAAACUGAACCUAAAAAAAAGACUGAACUUGAAAAUGUGUCUGAAUCCGAACUUGAAAUUGAAGAACCUGAAAAAAUAAAAGAAGGAUCUAGUUCUUCGGAUGAAACUUCCUCGGAAGAAUCUUCCUUAGAAGAUGUAGAUAAAGAUGAAAAUGAAUAUAAAAUUAUUAUAGGUGAAGAAGAGGAAGAUGAGAAUGAAAAUGGAUAUGAAAUAUAUCCUUUUAUAGAAGGUCUUAUAGAAGAUGACGAAUAUACUGCAUACUCUUAUGUAGGAGAUGGAGCUGUCGAAGAAGAAGCAGAGGAGGAAGAGGAAGAAAAAUCUAUUCCAAGAUUUACACGAAAUAUUAUUAUGAUUCGUCAUGGCCAUCAUAAUAAUAAUGCCACUUCAGAAAGUGAGAGAGUUUUAACUGCUUUAGGAGAACAGCAGGUUGCUAUGACAGGUCUUUAUUUGAAGAAACUACUAUCUGGUGAUGGUUUCAGCAUACACAAACUUCCUAUGAUUUUACAGGAUGAACUGGUUAAGAAGGGAAUAAUUCGGUAUGAAGAUCUGAAGAGGAAUGUGGAAGAUAUAGAGGGUGCAGAAGAUAGAGAAGGAGCAGAAGAUUUAGAAGGGGCAGAAGGUACAGAAAAGGCUUCAGAAGAUAUGAAAAAGGUUUCAGAAGGUACAGAAGAUAUAAAAAAGGCUUUAGUAGGUACAGAAAAGGCUUCAGAAGAUAAGAAAAGGUUUUUUGAAGAUGCGGUAGAUAUGAAAAAGGCUUCAGAAGAUAUGAAAAACGUUUCAAGUGAUACAAAAGCAUCUUCAGAGGGUAUGAAAGAUGUGAAGAGAGCUUCAGAAGAUACAAAAUACAAGAAAAGGGCUUCAGAAUAUAUGGAAGACCUGAAUGAAUUUUCAGAAGAUAUGAAAAAGACUUCAGAAAAUACAAAAUAUGUGAAAAAGACUACAGAAGAUAUUGAAAGUGUUUCAGAGGAUAUUAAAGAUAUGAGCAAGGCUUCACAGUUUCUGAAAAAUUUGAAAAGUGAUUUAAAGAACAUGAAAAUGGAUUCCAAAGAUACGAAAGAUAUGAAAAAGGCUUCAGAAGAUACAAAAAAUAUAAAAAGUGCUUCUGAAGAUACGAAAAAUGAUUCGGAAGAUACGAAAGCUAUGAAAAAGGCUGCAGAAUAUACAAAAGAAAUGAAAAAUGAUUCAGAAUAUACGCAGAAGGAUUCAGAAGCUACGAAAAAGACUUUUCAAGAUCUGGAAGAUCUGAGCAAGGCUCCAGAAAAUAUGAAAAUUUUAGAUGAGCCUGUAGUCUUCUCAAGAAUCUAUCAUUCUACUUCAAAUGUAGCAGUACAGACUGCCAUGCUUUUGAAAUCAUCUAUAGAAGAUAUACCUGUUCUAGUCUUUGAAUUGCUUGAAAUGCAUAGAGAGCCCAUACCUGAUGAUACCUCUGAAUUUUUAGAAGAAGGAAUAUUAUCUAUACCUCUUGAAGCCUGUGAAUUGUUAGAUGAAGGAGUACCCAUUCUACCAGACCCUCCUUUACCAUCAUUUGAACUUGAUCCAGAGGUAUGUGCUAUGCAGAAAAAACAGCUUCGAGAAGCCUUUGAGAAAUUUUUCUAUGAACCUUCCUCAGAAGCUACAACUAAUACCUAUGAAAUAUUGGUUUCACAUGCUACUGCCAUACGAUACUUCAUUUGCAGGCUACUGAAGAUUAAUCCAGCUGCAUGGGUUAGAUUUUCCUUGGCCCAUUGCAGUAUUACCUGGGUGAAAAUUUUUGACAAUGGCACUGUCAAGAUAAGAUGCAUAGGAGACACUGGCCACCUUCUGCCAGAUAAAAUUUCUGAAUGAAUGAGAGAUAAGCUAAAAUUCUGUAUUCAAUAAAGUGUUUGCUUAGUUGUUUCA